UACAAAAUGACGUCAUCGACCGUCCGUCUUCCUCCAAGCAAACAUGGCAGCUGCCAUGGAGUUGCGAUGCUGGGGGGGCGACUGGGGUCUGCCGUCGGUCCACAACGAGUCGCUCGUAGUCCUGGCAUAUGCCAAAUUUUCUGGGGCCAAAGUGAACAUUUCCCCCAUAGACUGGACUUGGAAAACUCUGACAGCAACAGUGCCCGAGUUGGUAUGUGGUGACACUUCAGUGAAAGAACCCUCACAGAUUCUCAACUUCCUGAGAAAGCAGAGGUUUAAUGCAGACUACGAGUUGAGCGCCCGACAAGGAGCCGACACCAUGGCUUACAUCGCCCUCCUCGAGGAGAAACUGCAACCUGCAUUGUUGCACACUUUCUGGUUGGAUGCAGAAAACUACGCCAAUCUGACCCGGCCGUGGUUUGCCUCCCAUUCGCCGUUCCCUCUAAAUUUCCUCGUGCCCAGUCGUCAUGCCAACAGCGCCCGCUCUCGCAUCCUGCUGACCAGAGGAGAGGCGCCGUUAUGCCGAAUCACAGAGGUGGAAGGAAAGGUAAACAGAGGUGGCUUCAAAACAAAAAAAAAAUGUGCUUGUCAUCAUCAUUUCCACACUGUUCUUUCUCACUGUCAGCUGUACAGUGACGCCAAGGAAUGCCUCAAUCUUCUGUCCUACAGACUGGGAGAAGCAAACUACUUCUUUGGCAACUUACCCACCAGCCUGGAUGCUUUUGUGUUUGGGUUUGUGGCUCCACUCCACAAGGCCCACCUCCGCAACAGCCCCCUGCAAAGCCACCUCAGAAAGCUGGAGAACCUCACACGCUUCUGCGACAACAUCCUGGCAGACUACUUCAGCUCGGCCCAACCGGGUCUUCCCCCAUCUGUUCAGGAAACAAUGGAUGCCAACCUCCAAAAACUAACUCAGCUUGUAAACAAAGAAUCCAACUUGAUAGAAAAGAUGGAUGACAACCUUCGCAGCAGCCCUCAGCACAAACUUCACCGGCCGCAGCCCAAACCCGGUCUGGUCAUAGAAAAGAGCUCAACACCUGCCUAAACGCCUCCCCCACCCUGCCCACGAUCCUGCCUGAUGAACGAGGGAAGAACACCGUGUAGAUGAGCGUCGUCAACGUUAACCACAGUGUAACCGACCGUGUCUAUAAAAACAAAAGCCAGUUUGAAAGUAAUGAUUGAUGGCUUUCAACGAUGUCGGUGGGAAAGAGAAGAAAGUACGACACAGGGUCUUUAACGCACGAUGGCGCUUUAUAGAAUAAUGCACCGGUGCAACAUGCGAAAGACGGAAGGUUCAAAUGAAAGGCAAAAGGAAAAGAAGACGAAAAGUCCUGCUGUUUAAGUGGUGCUGCGUUUACAUUUUAUUUUUCCAUAAGGGAAAUGGACUUAAUACGUUUGACCCUUUAAGGCUCCUAUUCAUAUCAACAUAAUCAAAAUUGCUCAGUGACUUUUUUUUUUUUUGUUCAUUUUAAAACUCACCCACUGACCCAACACUACUACUUUAGCUGUUGAAAAAGACAUGACAAAGUGUCCUGCAAAGUGAAGUUUAAUGCCGCUUAUGCAUGCAAACCACUUUUGUGAAGCUUGUAUAAUUGUAAAUAGAAUGUCCAAAUGAAACGAUGAAUGCAAUUCGCUCGUAAAGGGCUCGGCUGCUUGUUUGUUUGGUUCACUGUGGGGAUGAAAGAGCCGUAUUCACCGCUCACUGUAACACUUGAGGUGCUGUGUGGAUUACAUGAUUACAUCCAUACUUUUUGCCUAGUAUUCCCCCCCUCAUAAUCUAAAUCCUGUCAAUAUUUAAAGGUAUUUUAUUUGUUGUGUGUUAUAUGUACAGGGAAGUGUGUUUUGUGUGUUGAAUCCAUCCUUGCAUCCGGGCCAAAAGGGAAACUCCGCAUUCAAAGGCCCCAAAGUCAGUUAAGAGUGGCCAUGCUGGAAUUCAACUCGGGACCCUCUUGCCGUGAAGCAGCUGCGCAUGUGUUAAUUUGAAACAUUAAUUGUUUGCUGUUCCUGCAUUAUCUAACUGACAUUCUUUUUGACCUCAAGUCCAAAUUUGAAAUGUGUCAACUGUUGGUUGCCUUUGAAGUGGCGUUUUUUUUCCCUUUCUUUGUAUUUUUUUUUUUUUUUUUUUUUUAAUGUUUAUCAAGUUUAUUGGAUUGGAUGACAUAAUCAAACAUGAAUUCAUGCGGUACCGGAAUUUGUGUGUCAUCUUUUGUGUAUUGACUUAUACAGACUUGUGAGGACUAUUGUACUCCUAUUUGCUCGUGUGCCUUCAUUGCUUCUUUCAUUUUAAUGGUUUAUGGUCCUAAAACGACAUCUGCAGCUAUUGCUAAUGCACUUUGACUGGAAGGUAACAACUUCAAUAAAAGUUGAAUAAAGUAGGAUAACAAAGUG